AUUAAAAUUCGAAUAGGCAAUCUAUACUUAAUACCUAUUUGUGUUUAACAGUUUUGCUAAUUCCAGCAGUGUUACAUCGGAGAAAUCGUUGAGCUAGCGGAGCGUACUAGGUGCCCGGGCGCAUAAUUCGUGCUCUGUCACGACCCGCAUUUGCUGACUUUAUAAAAUAUAAGUAUACCGUCUUACUUAAAUUUAUUUCUUUCGAUUUGUGCCUAUACCACUUAACUAUUUCUAAUAUAAACAUAGUGAUUUGAACUUGAAAUUUGCUUUAGAUUUUACCUAAAAUAAUACAAAAUGGAUUUAAAAUCUUUAAUUAAAAAGCGUGGUAGUUACAAAGCUAGACUUACGCAAUUCUCUUCAUAUCUAAAUGUAAAUCAAUCAUGUGAAUCACUUUCUAGUUUACAAAUUAAUGAGCUCAACAUAAGAUUAUCAAAAAUUGAGGAACUUUAUUCAGAUUUUGAUUGUACGCAAAUUGAAAUAGAAAAUUUAUCUGAAAUUCCAGACGAUCAGUACAAAGAACGCGAAACAUUUGAAACUCAGUACUUCGGCGUGAUAGCUGCCGCUCGAGAUAUGUUGACGCGGUCAGCGCCUGCGAGUGCUGAAACGGACUCAGGUUCGGUUGCUGGUUCUGCAUCUAAAGGUUGGCCAAAAUUGAAAUUGCCUUCUAUCAGUAUACCGAGCUACUCGGGCCAGUAUCUCAAUUGGUUGGAAUUCCACGACACUUACUCCACUCUCAUACAUUCAGAUAAUUCAAUUCCUAAAAUUAAUAAAUUUCACUAUUUGCGCGCUGCACUUAAAGAUAGCGCCGCAUUAAUCAUUAGUUCACUUGAUUUUUCAGCUGAAAAUUAUGAUGUUGCAUGGCAGCUUCUAUGCGAACGCUAUAACAAUAAAAGACUUUUAAUCAAUAAUCAUAUUCAUGCUAUUUUUGCUAUUGAGUCUAUACAAAGAGAGUCGGCUAAGGCAUUGCGCAACAUUAUAGACACUGUCAAUAAAAAUCUGAGAGCUCUCAAAACACUUAAAUUACCCACUGAUCACUGGGACAUAUUAAUUAUACAUAUAGUCUCGAGUAAACUCGAUAUCAUUACAACUCGCGAAUGGGAAACGUAUCGUAGUAAUCUUAAAGAUAUUCCAUCGCUUUUAGAUUUCAAUACCUUUUUAAAAAAUCGUGCAGAUCUAUUGGAAACAAUGGACGAGUCACAAAACCGUAGGCACAGUGAUACUACACAUACACGUCACAAAUCUUUUAUAGCGAACUCAUACUCUCCACCCACUCGAACAUACACAUGUCCCUUAUGUAAACACAACCAUGCUAUUUAUCAAUGUCCAAAAUUUAAAUCGUUGCCAGUUGAAAUAAGAAUACAAAAGGCAAAAUCAUUAAAAUUAUGUAUUAACUGUUUGCGUCAAGGACACAAUGAAACCAAAUGCAAACUAGGUCACUGCAAACUUUGUCUUAACUCUCAUAAUACUUUACUUCAUGUCAAUCAUUCAUCACUUACACCACAGUCAUCUACUAUUCCAACUUCAACAAGUAGCAGUGUCGUCUUGACUAAUUCACAUCAGAAUAACACAAAACAGAAAACAAAACCAAUUGAUGACACAUCGUCAAAAUCUUUAACUACACAUAGUGAUAUAGUCCUUUCCUCUGUCGAUAACACGCAAAAUGUUGUAUUAUUAUCCACAGUCACGAUUGACGUUGAAGACAGCAAUGGUCACAAACACAAAAUACGCGCUUUGCUAGAUAAUGGAAGUACUUCAAGCUUCAUUACUAAUAAUUUACUUUCCAAACUCUCAUUGUCAACCUGUUCAACGUCGACAUUAGUUGAAGGGUUGAAUCAACAAUCUUCACAUAUUCUCAAACGCUGUGAUGUCAUUAUAUCAUCACUAGCAAACACAUAUACAAAUAAGAUUAAUUGCUUUGUUGUGCCACGCAUUACACAACAGUUACCAAUUACACAAAUAGAUUACACAUUAAUAAACAUACCUUCACACAUUACAUUAGCUGAUCCAUCAUUUCAUACUCCUUCUCAAAUCGACAUGUUACUAGGAGCAGACAUUUUCUGGAACGUCUUAUGUUCCGGUACCAUUCCAUUAGGUAGAAACAAACCAACUCUUAGAGAAACAAAACUAGGCUGGUUAGUAUCUGGCACUAUACAAACAAAUUCAUUUAAAUCAAACGUUAAUCAGCAAUCAUAUCAUACAGUCCACUCUCAUUUUACUAAUACUAUCGAUGACGAAUGUUUACAAAAUCAUCUUACUAAGUUCUUCGAACUCGAAAAUGUACCGACACACGCUGCAAUAACUAAAGAAGAACAAAGGUGUGAACAAAUCUUUAUACAAACAACCUGUCGUCAAUCAGAUGGCCGUUUCAUUGUAAAUAUUCCAUUAAAAUCAACACCAGACGCUUUAGGUGAUUCUUACAAUCAAGCAUUAUCCAGAUUCUUAUCUUUAGAACGCAGGUUCCAACGUGAUACAAAUUUCAAAGCUUUAUACACAGAUUUCAUGAGAGAGUACAUUGAGUUAGGACAUAUGUCAGAAAACACAAAUCCACAGGAAGAUACACAAUCAUAUAUUUUGCCACAUCAUGGAGUAAUGCGUGAAACAAGCUCUACUACCAAGUUACGAGUCGUGUUCAAUGCAUCUGCAGUCACGACAUCUGGCGUAUCCUUUAAUGAUAUUCAGCUAGUAGGUCCAACAGUACAAGAUGACCUCAUAAGCAUUUUAAUUAGAUUUCGUCAGCAUAAAUAUGUUGUCACUGCAGAUGUUGAAAAGAUGUACCGUAUGAUAAAUGUUAAUGAAAAUCAACGUAUCUUUCAACAAAUAUUAUGGCGGUUUGAACCGACAGAUAAGUUAAAACAAUAUAAACUCAAUAUAGUAACAUACGGCACAGCUUCAGCACCUUACUUGGCGACGAGAUGCAUUAAGCAAUUGGCAAAUGAAUGCUUAGAAGAGUCUGUAGCUGUAAUUAUUAAUCACGAUUUCUACGUUGAUGACUUGAUUACAGGCGCAGACUCACAAACUCAACUCGUGAACAACUGUAGAAGUGUAAAACAACAGUUAGGAAAUAGUCAGUUUCAUCUACGAAAGUGGAAUUCUAAUAAUCCACAAAUCGUUAAUCAAAUCGUUGGCGAAAAUGGCAGUGACUCAUUGCUCAACAUCAUAAAAAAUUAG